AUGCCUACCUUUGUAUUCCAGAAUAACUUUGAUAACAAUUCCAAGAUAAGAGCUAUUAUCGAGGGACCUACCGUGCUCUUAUUUGCUACUAGUAUAGGGAUUGCUGGCCAGUUGCCCUAUAUUGAAAAGCUUUUAAAGGGAUACUAUAACUGCAAAGUAAAGAUAAGACGGAUAGCUCUCUUCUGGGAAGUAGAGUCUGAAUUACAAACCGCUUGGGUCGCCGAUAGGAUGCAACAUCUGCUAAAGGAACAAGAUACUGGGCGUAUCCUUAACAUCCGCCUUUUCGUGCGGGGGAAUUUCCUCUCGAAAGAAACACGGAGAGGAGAUUAUAAGCAAAUCGGAGAGCGCAUCGAUAUUACCUAUAAUGCUAUAAAUGCUAAGGAGCUAAUUAGAGCUGAGUUUAAAAUCCGAAAGGGCCUUACUGUAGUCUCUCUGUGUACGAAUGAUGAAGUAGGUGACAAACUUCGCGAGAUAGUUCGAAGCAUGUUGGAUGACACUAUCUACCUAAAGAAGUUGGACUUUCGUCCCAUAUUAAGUGAAAAGAAUCUUGUUCCUAGUGCUAUCUAA